UGAUACAAUUAAGUUCUUUAUGAAACCGUUGUCACAUUUAACGGGUAAUCAAAACAAAUUCGAAAGUUUCAUUUAGUUGACAAGUGGGAGGAGAAAAACAACUUGGCAAAAUACUUCAAGCAAUAACAGGCAGACAAAUCAUCAAUUUAGAAGGCUCACUGCGCUAUUUGAAAUUAAUGGUUGUUUAUUAAAGUUGUCAUCGCGUUAUGUAAUUCCGUAUGCAUGGCGAAGCUUAAUCGGCGAAAUCCGUAAAUGGUGCAUCAAUUCCCUGGUUCACGAUUGCCACCAUCUCGGUGAUUUUGAACUAGUCUGACGGAACUGCAUCAUAUUUGCCAUAGAAAAAUGUUGAUUUAUUGCCUGUAGUAAUUAACCGAUUCAUUUAUAGAAAUCGGACAUCAAAUAAAAAGCUAUAGAAAAUAACUGUUUUUAUAGGGUGCCGGAAAAGUGUACACUCCUGAACAAAUUGAACCUUUUUGGCCCAUACCUCGUGAUACGCUCUAGAAUGCAUGUACAAUGUACAUACAUAUACAAAAAAUUUUACUCCAAUCGGUUGGGAAAUGCAACUUAUCUAGUACGAGUUAUCCCACUGGGUAUUUAUUGUCUUCUUUUAUGGAUAUGUACAUUUGCAUAUACACAUGUAUGUAUAUAAGUAUGUUUCGUUUAAUGCAUUGAGACUGUCAAAGUUUUCGUGGUAAAGUUAUUCAUUCACUGGAAAUUGUUUUUAUUAUUUCAUUAAGCAGCCGGUGAAGCGGUUAUCUUGAAAAUUUCGCAAACAGUCGAUCGUGGUUAAUACAAAGGUAAAGACAUGCCAAAAAAUUUGGAUACAUAUAAUUAGUACAAAAAUAUUUGUAUGUAUAUUAAAAAUUCUUAAUCGACGAAUUACGAACUAAAAUGCCACGAAAAAGAUCCAAAGUUGACCCGUUUGAGGAGAUGGAGACUAAUAUUAAGCUGCUUUGUGACCAGUCGCACAAUCAUAUGAAGGUUCGAGAAUAUGGCAGAGCUUUAGCCGGUUAUAAUCAGGCACUUGAACUCAAUAGCACUGACAUAAAUGCGCUGGUUUCCCGUAGUAAAUGUUACCUCCUACUCGGGGAGCCUUCCAAAGCCUUACAAGAUGCGGAAACUGCACUCGCCGAGGAUAAAAACAAUAUUCGCGCAAUAUAUCAGAAAGCAGAAGCAUUAUACUUCCUCGGCCAAUUCGAACAGAGCCUAAUGUUCUUCCAUCAAGGCUUGCGCACUCGCCCUGAAUUGGCAUCAUUCCGCUUGGGAGUUCAAAAAACUCAAGAAGCUAUUGAAAACACCAUAGGUAAAAGCUCAGCACGGAACAUAUCUGCGCCGGUUAAGAAAAAUAGUGAUUUUUUAGUCAAAAAAGAAUCGCUAAAACAUUGCCAGCAACCUGUUCGCUCGAAAUUAUCAGAUACGGAAAUGGAACGACGAAAUGCGCGCAAGUUGCUAGGUGAAUUGUGCGUUGACAAAGAGUACUUAGAAAAUCUGCUAAAGCACCCGGAUUUAGUGCGCGCCGAUACGAAUACGGAGAGCAUAUCCACUUACGCGAAGGAUGCUGUAGACUUUCUAAAAAAACGACAAGAAUUUUGGCGCCAACAGCGUCCCUGUACUGCACUACCUAGUUACAAAAACGGCGCACAAGAUCCUUUACCAGCCUGGUUUUAAAUGCGUUUACCUAUUAAGGUGAAAGAGUUCAACUGUUUCGACUGCUGAGUGGAAGAUCGACCUAUCUCGGCAGCCAGUUCAAAAACGCCCUAUCUCAAAAAACUUUUCAAGAA